CUUGUGGUCCAUGAGAAGCAUGUCCAUAACCAAGGCCUGUAACAGCUCAUCAGUGACAAUGUUUAUCCUCCUGGGAUUCACAGACCAUCCAGAACUGCAGGCCCUCCUCUUUGUGACCUUCCUGGGCAUCUACCUUGUGACCCUAGCCUGGAACCUGGCCCUCAUACUUCUGAUCAGAGGUAACACCCAUCUGCACACACCCAUGUACUUCUUCCUAAGCAACUUAUCUUUCAUUGACAUCUGCUACUCCUCUGCUGUGGCUCCCAAGAUGCUCACUGACUUCUUCUGGGAGCAGAAGACAAUAUCAUUUGCGGGCUGUGCUGCUCAGUUUUUUUUCUUUGUCGGCAUGGGUCUGACUGAGUGCCUUCUUUUGGCUGCUAUGGCAUACGACCGAUAUGCAGCCAUCUCCAGCCCCCUUCUCUACACCACCAUCAUGUCCCAGGGCCUCUGUACACGCAUGGUGGUUGGGGCAUAUGUUGGUGGCUUCCUGAGCUCCCUGAUCCAGGCAAGCUCCAUAUUUAGGCUUCACUUUUGCGGACCCAACGUCAUCAACCACUUCUUCUGUGACCUCCCACCAAUCCUAGCUCUGUCUUGCUCUGACACCUUCCUCAGUCAAGUGGUGAAUUUCCUCGUGGUGGUCGCUGUUGGGGGGACAUCAUUCCUCCACCUCCUUUUAUCCUAUGGUUACAUAGUAUCUGCCGUCCUGAAGAUCCCUUCAGCAGAGGGCCAAUGGAAAGCCUUCAGUACGUGCUCCUCGCACCUGAUGGUGGUGACUCUGCUGUUUGGGACGGCCCUUUUCAUGUACCUGCGACCCAGCUCCAGCUACUCGCCAGGCAGGGACAAAGUAGUGUCUGUGUUCUAUUCAUUGGUGAUCCCCAUGCUGAAUCCUCUCAUUUACAGUUUGAGGAACAAAGAGAUCAAGAAUGCCCUGUGGAAGGUGUUGGACAAAAAGAAAGUGUUUUCUUAGGUCAUGCGUAGAAACUUAUUUAUCCAAACUGCUGGAGAAUUAAACUAUCCAAGGCUUCACCUCCACCUCUGCCUCAGUCAAGGAAGACAUUUGGUGCUCUUAUCUGAAAGUGGAGACUAUUCCCUCCACGUUCCUGUCACUCUUCCUCAUGGUCACUUGCCUACUGACCGUGCC